AUGGCACAAGGCGGAUGCGAUGGGACAAAGGGAGCGAGCAGAGGAAGGCCGGCCCAGGAAGGGCAUGCUGAUGACAUGGAAUAUAAGGCAAUGGAACCAGGUACCCACGCCUGCGAACAACAAGGCAAAGGUUUGAACUAA